GCUAAAUCACAUAGAAUUAUACCGCAUUUUCUAAGGAAAAGGGGCGUCUAUUCUAAAAGCAUCACACGAGGAUGCCGCGGACGGAGGAACUUUCCGGUGAGUCAGCAUGUUUUUGUCGGACGUUAAUCUACGUUAAUGGACACAGCGCUGCUCAUCGCAUAGGUACUCACUUCAUGCCAACCAUUCUUUUACAUCAAGAUCAACAUAUAUCAUAGAUGAAACACUUUGAGUCGCUUUGAGCUGUGGACAAAGCCUGUGCAGCCGCAUCUCUUUAGAUGAUAUCAUUAAUGCGCCCACUCCUAGCCGCUUACUAUAUGUUUCGCUAAUCUUGCGAUGGAGGCCUCCUAUAGAAAGGCGCUGAGCUGCGUUUCAACCCCUCAGCUUACCAGGUAUUAAGCGACGUCCAUCUUCCGCCUCUUCCUUUCUUCCCUCCACUACUUGACACAGUAUGCCUUUCUACCCAAUCCAAGUCGUCCAGUUCUCCGUAGACCGCGAGGACGACGACAACUUCUCGUCUUUGCCUCUACGUUGGGCCAUACACAUUCCCAUGCUCUCGCGCUCAUCUACGUCGGCAUCACCUUGGUCUCCCACCUCUUCGGAAUCGGCAGCUUCUGGUCCUACGUGGGAACUGGAGACCCGAACAGGACGCACGUAUUACCUCCUCUCGGACGACUCAUUCGCGCACCCAAAGUCGCUUUCAGUGCGUACGCAUACUGGGUAUGAUCCUCCCUUCGACGCGUCAUCCUGGAGGGGAACCGCCGUCGUAGGUGCCGUAUCGAGCAACAAGCUCGCGUUCUUGGAGCGUAUACUUGAACGGGUGUCUCCGCCAACGGAGCCAUCGUCGUUACCACCAUACAUGCAUACCAGCGAUGCCUCGGAGGGUCAGAUCUGGGUGUGGGACGCCCUAGCUGCGCUCCGGUUCAGGGGGCUUGGCAUCGAGCCCACCUUGACGCGCUCGGUGCUGCAGGUGGAGAUGGUACAGCUGAGGGAGGCUUGGGAGUUUGGUGAUAUAUGAAAAGGACUUACGACGCAGAACUCAGCUAAUCGGGAAGACGGUCAAGAUUGAC